AUGUCGAAACGUCUUCGUUCGAAUGUUUCCGGUGCCCAAAAGGCUAAUGUUGGUGUCACUUUGACAAAACGGCGACGUGUACAAGCAAACGAACCUUCACUUCCAAAUUCUUUGCAAGAUGAACUUGAUGUUCCUGAUAUCCCUACCUCUAAUAGAACUACCCAAAGGGCUAUUGCUAGUACCAUUAUCCAAAGGCCUACUGUUGGUGACUCAAUGAAUGCACAUGUUCAGUGCCAAACUACUAACCAGCCAUCAAUAAAUGCUACAACUGAAGGGUUGAAUGAUGCUAGGACAUCAGUCGAUAUCCAAGGAUCUACUACAGGUACUCAUUGUGUUGCUUUGUUAAGGUCCAGAAAAAAAAAAGUGCGUGGAAAGACAAGAGGUUUAAAUGCUGAUAAGGUGCAUGAGCAGCUUGGUACUAAAAUACCUGUGACUUUCAAGAAAGAAAAUGGCAGACCCACAGGUCCAUAUGCAGAAAUGUUUGCUAAUGAAAUUGGAUUCACCAUUCGGAAUCAUGCAGCUCUAAAUGUGAAAAAAUGGAAGGAAGUAAAACCAGAAGAUAGGACAAGUUUGAUCAAAAGAAUAACUACUAAGUACAACAUUGACAUGUCUCUACCUUGGGUUAAGAGAUAUGUGAAUAAAUCUUUUGGAACAGUGUUUGCUAACUUCCGUUAUAAGCUGAAGAAGCAUUUUGAGCAAUUCUCAACAAAAGAGGAAGCAUUAGAAAAUAAACACAAAGAUGUUAAAACUGAAGAAGAAUGGGCUUUUCUGUGCACUUAUUUUUCUAGUGAAGAUUUUCAGAUUGUUUCAGAGAAAAAUUCUAUUAAUAGGUCACAUUUGAAAUAUCACCAUAAAGCAGGGUCGAAGUCUUUUAUGUCGCAUCAAGAACAGAUUGCUGCACAAUCAGGGGAGAUGCUAGGUGCAAUUGAACGCUUUGAAAUGGAGUACAAAAGCAUUAAAAAAGGUUGGGACUUGGGAGCGAAAGAAUUAUGGGAUCAAAUGGUUAAGAUGCGAACUGAGACAACCCUUCCUGAUGGGACUCAAACUAUGAAUGAUGAUGAAAUAUGUGCAAAGGUUCUUGCAGUAAAAUCAGGCUACAUCAAGGGUUGUGGUUUUGGCCCUAGGCCUCCACCAUCUAGCACUUCUCGAUCGUCACUAGAUGAAAUGUCUGAGAAGAAUAAAGAGUUAGAAGAUAAACUUGAAGAGACCCAAGAUACUAUAAAGGCUCAACAAGAAAAGAUUGAUGCACAAAACGUGCUGAUCCAAGAAUUGCAGGAGCAAGGCAAAAAGUUUGAGCAGUUCAUGGCAAUCUUUAUGAACCAACAAGCAUCAAGGAUCCUGGAGUGGGAUGAGAAACAGUUCAAGGCAACAUGUGACAUUAGGGUUCAUGUGGCACACCAUAUUGCCAAACCCUUCUUCAUGACCAAAACCCUAAAGCUUGCGCACGGGGGUAUUGAGGAAAUCUCCUUUUUCUUUGAAAAUCUGCUUGUCGUUGUCGGGAUUGUACUCUUAUCUUUCAUGAAAACGGGGAAUGCCCGUAUGCAGGAUGAGCUGUUGCAAAUGGUGCAAUCUAAAAACUUAACACUAUCUUUCUCAUCGGAGAGUUCCAUUGAAGAAGAACUUAAGAGUGAAAGCACUGCAGAUGCUAUUACAAUAUUGGAUGAGCUGUUGCAAAUGGUGCAAUCUAAAAACUUAACACUAUCUUUCUCAUCGGAGAGUUCCAUUGAAGAAGAACUUAAGAGUGAAAGCAUUGCAGAUGCUAUUACAAUAUUGAUAAGCUAUCUUGUGAUGUUCACUUAUAUUUCUCUUACUGUUUCAUUCCCGAAGGCAAACUGUGUUUGGAAGGAAGAUUUGGGGGUUUGGUGCAUGAUAAAGUUUCUGAAAUUUUCAAGUCUCUUGGACUUGGUUGUUCCUGCUUUUGGUUCUGCUAAGGACUGGUAG